AUGUCAUGCCAGGAUAACAUGGCUGCCGGUCAUUUCCUCAUGGAUUCUUUGAUGGGAGGAUCAUCUUCCUAUAGAUGCGAAGGCUACUCCAACAGCAACCCUGGAAUGUACAUCCACCCGGCUGCAUCUGAGUAUGGAUGCUCAAUGAUGAGACAUUUUGGAGUAGUUGGAUCGAAAAAAGACGAGGUUCCUCUGAGCAGCCACCCUCUCGGCUCCUACCAAGAUGCGCCUUACCUGUCAUCCCAACUGGGCACAUGGACCUCGGCUUCCAAAACUAACAGGGACGAGCAACCUGUUGCCCAGUCCAGUUUCCAACCGUGUUCGUUUCCAACCGAUAACGUCAAAGAGGAGGCGUUCUGUUGUCUGUAUCAGGGUGACAGUAGCAGCAGGGCUAAUAAGGACACUACAGAGUCGGCUACUUACAUCCGGCUUGGGAACAAUAGUAGCAGCCAGACCGACCAAAUCGUUGUCUCGGCGGCGUCCGAAUGUUAUGGAGGAGAGAAACAGGUAUACCCCAGAGGGAGCAGGGGACAGCGAAAAGAGCAGGUCGGGGCAGGCUUUGCUUCUUUGGACCAGGUGACGACAUCUGUUGAAUCACCCAGAGAAUCAACGGUUAAAAUGAGCAAAUCUACCCAGGAGACAGUCAGCGAGGAAAUGCGCAACGAAGAGGACAAACAGGGAAAGAGCAUGAAAGAGGAAAGUGCAAAGACUGACAGUUGUUCUGAUAACUCCGACAGCGAAUUGAAAGAUGAUUUUACACUGGAAAAUGCUCCAGGAAACUGGUUAAAAGCCAAAAGUGGACGGAAGAAGAGAUGCCCAUACACAAAGCAUCAGACGCUCGAGCUGGAAAAGGAAUUCUUAUAUAACAUGUACCUGUCUCGCGAGCGCCGCCUGGAGAUCAGUAAGAGUAUCGAUCUGACCGAUAGACAGGUCAAGAUCUGGUUCCAGAACCGAAGGAUGAAACUCAAGAAACUCAAUAAGGAAUGUCGUGGACGGGAUCAUAUGGCAGUCCACAACUUCACUUAA